AUGGCGACAGCCGAGGAGCAGGCGCGGCUACAUGUCGGCAUCAUCGGCAUGGGCGAUAUGGGGCGCCUUUACGCACUGCGCAUGCGUGCCGCCGGAUGGCAGCAUGUGCACGUGUGUGACCGCGAGGAGCGCUACGAGGCGCUGCGCGCCGAGCUGGCGCCGCGAGGCCUCGAUGUGAUGCGCAAUGGCCACCAGGUCGCGCGCGUGAGCGACUUUCUCAUGUACUCGGUCGAGGCUGGCAAUAUGGAGAAAGUUGUCGCCGAGUACGGCCCGUCAACCAAGGUCGGAGCGAUUGUCGCGGCGCAGACGAGUGUCAAGGCGCCGGAACGCGCCGCGUUCGAGACGCACCUGCCCAGCGACGUGUAUAUUGUAUCGUGCCACUCGCUGCACGGGCCGCACGUCGACCCAAAGGGCCAGCCGCUCGUGCUCAUCCAGCACCGCGCGCCGGACGAGAAGGUGCGCGUCGUGGAGCGCGUGCUCGCGUGCCUCGAGUCGCGGUACGUGUACCUGAGCUACGAGGAACACGACACGGUCACGGCGAACACACAGGCCGUCACGCACGCAGCCUUCCUCACGAUGGGCACCGCCUGGAGCCAGGCAAAGGCGUAUCCGUGGGAGACGGGCAAGCACCCGGGCGGGAUCGAGACGGUCAAGAUGUAUUUGUGCCUGCGCAUUUACGGCGCCAAGUGGCAUGUAUAUGCGGGCCUCGCCCUGCUGAACCCCCAGGCGAGCAAGCAGGUGACGCAGUAUGCGGCGAGUGCCACGGCGCUGUUCAAGCUCAUGCUCGCUUCUGAUUACGACGGGCUCCUGCAGCGCGUCAUGGCGGCACGCCGCAGCGUCUUUGGGUGGCAGGACCACGAGACGGGCAGUGAGACGCCGGGGCACGCGCCGAUCCUAAUGAGCGAUGACAUGCUGAACGAGUUCUAUGUGAUUGCCGAGCGCGUGAACAAGGGCGAACAGAGUGCCCAGGAGGCGCAGCACGCCGUGCAGGUCGUGCCGCCGCCUGCCAACUCACACCUCUCGCUGCUCGCCAUCGUCGACUGCUGGCACGUGCUGGGAAUCGACCCGUACCGGCACCUCGAGCUGGCCGCCACGCCCGUGUUCCGCAUGUGGAUUGGUGUGACGCAGUACCUGUUCCGCUCCCCGGAGCGCGUGCGCGAGGCGUGCCGCGCUGCGACACACGAUCCGUCGUUCCGCUCAGACGACCUCGAAUUCGUCAUUGGCGCACGUGGCUGGGCUCAGGCCGUCCAGUUCGGCGACUUUGAUGCGUACCGCCGCCGCUUUGAUAUGACGCGCCAGUUCUUUGAGCCGCGCCUCGCGCAGGCGAACAAGGUCGGCGCCGAGAUGCUCAGGGUGCUGUCGACGCGACACUAG